UAAUAAAAAAACUCUUUCUUUUCACUACCUUUUACUAUAUAUUUUAUCUUGAUUUUUACCAUAGGCGCGAAGAUGGAGAGAGUUGCUUCACAUGCAAAUGUGAUUGUACCUGAAGUUCUUAAAAGUGAUAACUACAAAAGGUGGAGUAUAUUAAUGCGAUAUUAUUUAUUGGGUCAAGAUCUUUGGGAUGUUGUUCAAUCAAACCAGGUGCGUGCUAGAGGAAAUAUGAGGAGGCCCGGAAAUCUUUCAAGUUCGCAAUAUGAGACCUUAACUAAUGCCAUUUCCAAUGGGAAGCUCUCGAACGUAAAGAAGUUCUUUAAAGAAAAUUCGAAUGCAAGAUCUGCAAGAAUAUUUGAACAAGGGUACACAGUUCUUCAUUUUGCAGUUUAUAAUAAGAAAGAAGAAAUUGUUGAUUACUUGAUAAAUUCCAAGUUGUCAAAAAAUGACUUGGAAAUAAAAGAUGAUUCUGGGAGCACGGCUCUUACCAUUGCUGCUCGUUUUGGAGUCGGGAAAUCAAUUGCACAAAAACUAGUUAGAACGAACAAAAAUUUGCUUACCAUCCCAGACAACAAUGGAAACAUCCCAGUUCAAUUGGCCUGCAGAACAAAUAAGGAGGACAUGACACGCUAUCUGUACCGUCGAACUCCUCUACAGUCUCUAAAUGUAGACAAUCGCUUCUACAUCCUCUAAGAGUGUAUAACUAAGAAAAUGUUUGGUAAGAACUCCAACUUUAAUUAUUCUUCCUCUACUUACUAUAUCAUAUAAAAUUAGAAUAUUUUG